CUUCACACCUCAUUCCUGUCUCACCCGGUUCCUUUUCUCCUCCUACCUCUCCUACCGCCAUUAACACCCAAAUCGGAGCCCCAAAUUUCCUUCUUCUUCUUGUUCCAUCUCUAAUCCACUGGUUUUUCAAGAAUUUUAUCCGGUGAAUGUUGUCGUUUCACCUUGAAAUGGUGGAUCAAUACGUCGUUGAAUGUGUUCCAUCGAAGACCUGGUUCCACAAGAGGAAAAAACUUUUGAAUUGAAUAAUUCGAGAUCGGUCUCUUCUGUGAAAUUUGUAUAUUAAUCCAAAAUUUUGUACAGUCUUGCCUCGUUAUUCGUCAUAUGUUUUCUUUGCAUCGAUUCGGUUGUAGACGGAAGAAGUGGCGGCGGAGAUUUGAGCUUUGAAGAUUGAAGUUGAUUCUGAAUCAUUUGAUAUUUCGUUUUUUUUUUUUUUUUUCUUCUGUGGAAGAUUGUAGAAAGUGGCGAAGAUGAAUUUGGGAGCGGCGGAGGAAGAAUCACCGCAGGAGAUUCAUAUCCCUGCCGAAAUCGAUUGGCAAAUGCUUGAUAAAUCUAAAUUCUUCUUUCUCGGUGCAGCGCUGUUUUCAGGCGUUUCGGCGUCUCUUUACCCUAUGGUGGUGUUGAAAACUCGUCAACAGGUUGCUUAUUCGGAGCUUCCCUGCAUCAGAACUGCAUUUUCUCUCGUCCGCCAUGAGGGUUUUCGUGCUCUGUACAGAGGAUUUGGAACUUCUCUGAUGGGGACUAUCCCUGCUAGGGCUCUGUACAUGGGAGCCCUAGAGUGUACAAAGAGCUAUGUCGGAACCGCCACUGUUAGAAUGGGAUUUCCAGAGGCUACUGCCGCUACAAUUGCUAAUGCAGCCGCUGGAUUGAGUGCUGCAAUGGCCGCUCAACUCGUAUGGACUCCCGUUGAUGUAGUGAGUCAAAGACUGAUGGUUCAAAGUAGCUCCUCCAUUCAUUACAUCAAUGGAAUCGAUGCGUUUCGAAAGAUCCUUGACGCCGAUGGUCUCCGAGGCCUCUACCGAGGCUUUGGGAUAUCGAUUAUGACAUACGCGCCAUCGAAUGCGAUGUGGUGGGCUUCUUAUUAUGUAGCACAGCGGCUGAUUUGGGGAGGAAUUGGAUGCUAUCAAGCUAAGAAGGUUGUUGGUGAAGGCAAUGACAAUGGGGCUAAUGUUUACAGGCCAGAUUCCAAGACUGUGAUGGCAGUACAGGGUGGGAGCGCAGCGAUGGCGGGCAGUAUCUCGGCUUUGAUAACAAUGCCUCUUGAUACAAUCAAGACAAGAUUGCAGGUUUUGGAUGGGGAUGGGGAUGGAAGAAGAGGGCCAACAAUUGGUCAGACAUUGAGAAAUUUAGUAAGGGAAGGCGGGUGGGCGGCGUGUUAUCGAGGUUUGGCACCCCGGUGCGCGUCGAUGUCAAUGUCUGCAACGACAAUGAUCACCACAUAUGAACUUCUCAAACGGCUAUCAACCAAGAAUCAAGAGGGUUUAAUAAGCUAAACGGAUGGUUCUAAAUGCUGAAGAUUGUCAUUUUCUCAAACUGUUUCUGAUGAUUCUCAUUUGGGAUUUCGUUCUUUUUUUCUUUUUUCCAAUCACUCUGCCUUGUUCAUAUAGUGCAAGACUUCUCAAUGUUCAUAUCUUAAAUGUAUAUUAACUUUGGUUUAGUGUUGGGAAUGGGUGUGACA